AUGUUUUCCAUGACGCCCAUUUUGAUGCGCCGCUAUAGCGUUCACUCCGAGCUUGGCGUGGGCCUGGUGGCGUCUUCCUUUGCCUUGGGCCGUUUCUGCCGCUCGGAACGUUGGGCGAAAAUGGGUGAAAACGACAGCGCGGCGCUGGGGAAGCCUGGAACUUAG